CGUGACGUGUCAUUUUCUGGACCGGACGCUUAUUCAGGAACAACAACGCGGAUACUCUUUCAACCACCCCGGUAGCUUGCUAGCCAACAUAAAACUGAAAGGUUUACGUUUUAGACCAUGUUUGUGUACAUUAGCUAAUCCCAGUGUUUUAAACAAAUUUCGGUUGACGUAUCAACUGCUUAACUUUAACCUAAUUUGCUUGUUCAAUUUGCAAACUUGUUAAAGAUUGAUACUGAGCCUAGCACUAGGCUAGUCGCUAAUGCUACCUAGCUAGCUAACAUCCCUGACAAUGAGCACACCAAACUACUCCUCCCUUGCUAAUGAAGAGGGGGUCUGCUGUAUGGAGAAAGAAUCUUUCAGAAUGAAAAAGGAGGAAGAGGAGGCUGUUAUAGUGAUAGAAGAGAAAGAACCUUUUAGAGAGGAAGAGGAUGCUAUCUCAGUAAAGGUGAAGGAGGAAGACGUUUUGGGAGUGAAAGAGGAGACAGAAGAUCCGAUUAACACCAGAGAGAGACAUGACUAUCGUGGAUCCUCUGGGGAGCCUCAACAACAUCCUGAUGCUGACGAGUCAGAGAAGAGUCUCUCCAGAUCAGAACACCAGAUGGUACAGGACAACACUAGCCCUUCCUCCCUCCCGGAGUCCCCGUGUCGUGCCUCUCCCGGUAGCACCUUACUGCUGGGUAUGAAGAGGUUGUCUGUGCUGCUAGUGGACUGCAGGAAAACAACGGGGCUGAGUGGAACUGUGAGAGGAGGAGGAGAGAAGAAAGGAUCAGAUUUGACUCAUCAAAGAGAGAGAUGUGACUAUCAUGGAUUCUCUGGGGAGCCUCAACAACAUCCUGAUGCUGACGAGGCAGAGAAGAGUCUCUCCAGAACAGAACACCAGAUGGACAACGCUAGCCCUUCCUCCCUCCCGGAGUCCCCGUGUCGUGCCUCUCCCGGUAGCGCCUUACUGCUGGGUAUGAAGAGGUUGUCUGUGCUGCUGGUGGACUGCAGGAAAACAACAGGGCUGAGUGGAACUGUGAGAGGAGGAGAAGAGAAGAAAGGAUCAGAUUUGACACAUCAAAUGUCUUUGGCAGGAGAAAGACCAGACUCAGAGGAACCAGAGCCAGGGACGUCCGAACCAGCAAGACGACACCAGUGCUCCCACUUUAGAAAGGGUUGUAACCGGUUAUGGAACCUGAAACAACACGAGAAAAUACACACAAAGGAGAAGCCUUACCACUGCUCCCAGUGUGGAAAGAGUUUUAAGCUUUUAGGAACCCUUAAAGCCCACGAGAGAAUACACACAGGGGAGAAGCCUUACCACUGCUCCCAGUGUGGAAAGAGUUUCAAACGGCCUUGUCAUCUGAAACAACAUGACAGAAUACACACAGGGGAGAAGCCUUACCACUGCUCCCAGUGUGGACAGUGUUUCAAGCGGUCAGGGGAGCUGAAACAACAUGACAGAAUACACACAGGGGAGAAGCCUUACCACUGCUUCCAGUGUGGAAAGUGUUUCAGCAGUUCAGGGGAGCUGAAACGACAUGAGAGAAUACACACUGGGGAGAAGCCUUACCACUGCUCCCAGUGUGGACAGUGUUUCAGCCAGAAAGGAAAGCUGAACCAACACGAGAGAAUACACACAGGGGAGAAGCCUUACCACUGCUCCCAGUGUGGACAGUGUUUCAGGCGGUCAGGGGAGCUGAAACAACAUGACAGAAUACACACAGGGGAGAAGCCUUACCACUGCUUCCAGUGUGGAAAGUGUUUCAGCAGUUCAGGGGAGCUGAAACGACAUGAGAGAAUACACACUGGGGAGAAGCCUUACCACUGCUCCCAGUGUGGACAGUGUUUCAGCCAGAAAGGAAAGCUGAACCAACACGAGAGAAUACACACAGGGGAGAAGCCUUACCACUGCUCCCAAUGUGGAAAGAGUUUUAAGGUGUUAGAAACCCUUAAAGCUCACGGAAAUAUACACACCGGGGAGAAGCCUUACCACUGCUCCCAGUGUGGAAAGUGUUUCAGCAGAUCAGGGGAGCUGAAACGACAUGAGAGAAUACACACAGGGGAGAAGCCUUACCACUGCUCCCAGUGUGGACAGUGUUUCAGCCGGAAAGGAAACCUGAACCAACACGAGAGAAUACACACAGAGGAGAAGCCUUACCACUGCUCCCAGUGUGGAAAGAGUUUCAAACGGCCUUGUCAUCUGAAACAACAUGAGAGAAUACACACAGGGGAGAAGCCUUACCACUGCUCCCAGUGUGGAAAGUGUUUCAGCCGUUCAGGGGAGCUGAAACGACAUGAGAGAAUACACACAGGGGAGAAGCCUUACCACUGCUCCCAGUGUGGAAAUACUUUUAACCAGAAAGCACACCUGAAACAACAUGAGAGAAUACACACAGGGGAGAAGCCUUACCACUGCUCCCAGUGUGGAAAGAGUUUUACGGUGUUAGGAACCCUUGAAGCUCAUGAGAGAAUACACACAGGGGAGAAGCCUUACCACUGCUCCCAGUGUGGAAAGUGUUUCCGCCGUUCAGGGGAGCUGAAACAACAUGAGAGAAUACACACCGGGGAGAAGCCUUACCACUGCUCCCAGUGUGGAAAGAGUUUUGUGCUUUUAGGAACCCUUAAAGCUCACGAGAGAAUUCACACAGGAGAGAAGUAUUACCACUGCUGCAUUUGUGGAAAGAGUUUUAAUCAGAAAAGCAACCUGAACCAACACGAGAAAAUACACAGAGGGGAGAAGCCUUACCACUCCUCCCAGGGUGCAAAGUUUUUGCCCAUUCUAACAUCCCCGACCAUGAGCUCGCUAAACUACUCAUCCCCUGCUAAAGAAGAGGAGGUCUGCUGUACGGAGAAAGAAGCUCUGGCGCUGAACAAUGUUGUGGAAGAAAAAGAGGAGGGUAUUACAGUGAAAGAAGAGAAAGAACCUUUCAUAAUGAAAAAGGAGGAAGAGGAGGUUGUUAUAGUGAAGGAAGAAGAGGCUGUUAUAGUGAAGGAAGAAGAGGCUGUUAUAGUGAAGGAAGAAGAGGCUGUUAUAGUGAAGGAAGAAGAGGUUGUUAUAGUGAAGGAAGAAGAGGCUGUUAUAGUGAAGGAAGAAGAGGCUGUUAUAGUGAAGGAAGAAGAGGUUGUUAUAGUGAAGGAAGAAGAGAAAGAAACUUUCAGGAUGAAAAAGGAGGAAGAGGAUGCUAUCUCAAUAAAGGUGAAGAUGGAAGACGUUUUUGGAGUGAAAGAGGAGGAGACAGAAUAUCAGAUUAUCAACAGAGAGAGACAUGACUAUUGUGGAUCCUCUGGGGAGCCUCAACAACAUCCUGAUGCUGACGAAUCAGAGAAGAGUCUCUCCAGAUCAGAACACCAGAUGGACAACGCUAGCCCUUCCUCCCUCCCGGAGUCCCCGUGUCGUGCCUCUCCCGGUAGCACCUUACUGCUGGGUAUGAAGAGGUUGUCUGUGCUGCUGGUGGACUGCAGGAAAAUAACGGGGCUGAGUGGAACUGUGAGAGGAGGAGGAGAGAAGAAAGGAUCAGAUUUGACUCAUCAAAGAGAAAGACCAGACUCAGAGGAACCAGAGCCAGGGACGUCCAAACCAGCAAGACGAUACCAGUGCUCCCACUGUAGAAAGGGUUGUAACCGUUUAUGGGACCUGAAACAACAUGAGAAAAUACACACAAGGGAUAAGCCUUACCACUGCUCCCAGUGUGGAAAGAGUUUUAAGCUUUUAGGAACCCUUAAAGCUCAUGAGAGAAUACACACAGGGGAUAAAAUACACACAAGGGAGAAGCCUUACCACUGCUCCCAGAGUGGAAAGAGUUUUAACCAGAAAGCACACCUGAAAGCCCAUGAGAGAAAACACACAGGGGAGAAGCCUUACCACUGCUCCCAGUGUGGAAAGUGUUUCAAACAGCCAGGGCAUCUGAAACGGCAUGAGAGAAUACACACAGGGGAGAAGCCUUACCACUGCUCCCAGUGUGGAAAGUGUUUCAACCAGUCAGGGGAGCUGAAACAACAUGAGAGAAUACACACAGGGGAGAAGCCUUACCACUGCUCCCAGUGUGGAAAGUGUUUCAAACAGCCAGGGCAUCUGAAACGGCAUGAGAUAAUACACACAGGGGAGAAGCCUUAUCACUGCUCCCAUUGUGGAAAGUGUUUUAGCCAGUCAGGGGAGCUGAAACGGCACGAGAGAAUACACACAGGGGAGAAGCCUUACCACUGCUCCCAGUGUGGAAAGUGUUUUAGCCAGUCAGGGGAGCUGAAACAACAUGAGAGAAUACACACAGGGGAGAAGCCUUACCACUGCUCCCAGUGUGGAAAGUGGUUCAGCCAGUCAUGGGAGCUGAAACGGCACGAGAGAAUACACACAGGGGAGAAGCCUUACCACUGCUCCCAGUGUGGACAGUGUUUCAAGCAGUCAAGGGAGCUGAAACAACAUGAGAGAAUACACACAGGGGAUAAGCCUUACCACUCCUCCCAGGGUUCAAAGCUUUUGCCCAUUUAGGAAGCCUGAAAGAACACAUUAGACUGCACACAGAGCGGAGAAUGCUUACAGAAGCCCAGACUGUGGGAAAACAUAUUACUCAUAACAGUCACCUAAAUGUCAUUAGAGAAUCCACACAGGAGAGAGAAAUUACUUCUCUUAGCGUGUAUAUUGUAAUUUCACAUCACAUUGACUUAAAAUUCCUCAGAGAACAUACACAGCUCCUGUUGUCUUAUUGUUGACUGAUAAUGUGUUUACCUGUUUUCACCAUAUGAAAUUGUUUCUUCCAAUUAUUGAUAAUACCUGUUAAGAAGCUGAUUGUUAGAACUGUUAAGGAAUUAAAAAACUGUAUGGUCAUUGGCAAAAAUAGAAAAGAGUAGAGGGCCUGGAAAGAGUUUUAACCAGAAAGGACACCCAAUCCAAUACACACAGGGGUGAAGCCUUACCACUGCUCCCAGUGUGGAAAGGGUUGUAACCAGUUAAGGGACCUGAAAACACAUGAGAGAAUACACAUAGGGGAGAUGUCCUACCAUUGCUCCCAGUUUGGAAAGCGGUUUACAAUAUUAGGGACUCUGAGAAUACAUGAGAGAAUACAUACAGGAGAAAAGCUGUACCACUGUUACCAGUGUGGAAAGAGUUUUUCCAACUUAUGUCAACUGAAAACACAUAAGCGAAUACACACAGUCGAGAAGCCUUACCACUGCUCCCAGUGUUCAAUGCAUUUUAACAAAUUAGGAAGCCUUAAAUAACACACAAGACUGCACACAGAGGAGAAGGCUUACAAAAUGCUCAGAAUGGGAAAACAUAUUACUCAUCACAGUCACUUAAACAUCAUGAGAGAAUCCACACAGAAGAGAAGAAUUACUUGUAUAUUGAUAUUUCACAUCACAUUGACUUAAAAUUCAUCAGAGAACAUACACAGUGCUCCCAUUGUCUUAUAUUGUUGACUGAUAAUGUGUUUACUUGUUUUUACCAUAUGAAAUUAAAUGGUACAAGGUAUACUCAAACAUAUAUUUGUUUGUUUUUAUUAGAAAACAUGAAUUUAAUAUUGAGUAUGUCAGUUUGAAUAUAAAGAAGAUCAGGUUCCUUGUUUUAAAUGGUCCUUUUUUAAAACUCUUUGUGUGUUUAUCUGGGUGCGUCAUUCCUUCAGCACUACAGAUAAUCAAUUUAUAUUUGGAUGUGAUGCAUUUGCUCCAUUGUUGACAUUUGCAUUUUUGGCCCACUGAUGAUUUAAUGACAUGAAAAUGUUCAGACUCUGUAAUGGAAAACGUUAAUUGUAUGUGUCCACAUAACUGAGUAUGUGACUAACCUUGUGAAACUGUCCUAUUAUAAUCUCCUGUUCCUGGGAGUAUCAUUCUGUGUUGCAAACAAGCUGCACCUGUGUCCUUGUAUGAAUAAAGUCCCUCCCAGGAACAGGAAACUAUAAAGAUAUGUGCUCAUCACCCAAUGCUUCAGAAUUCAGACUGUCUACACUGCGCUGUGUAACUCUGUUAUUCUCUCUGAGCUCAGAAAUAAAUAAUCUUGGUUUGA